CUUCACACUAAAAUCUUCUUUGCUUAGCGUAUAGCACUACUCUCAGAACACACAAAAAGAGAGAAGACAAAAAGAAAAAUCGUAAAUCAUCGAGUGGGAGUGGGAAUGGCGAAGAGGAAGCAAGGGUUGGGUUGGAUCGAAUGGUUGAGAGGAUGGAUGUACGUGAUCUACGAGAUGCUUUUCCAGAGAAUAACGGCGAGUCACCUGCACAACCCAUUAGAGUUGCCGCCCUUGAGCGACCUCACCUGCAUCGUAACUGGCUCCACAAGCGGCAUCGGGAGGGAAAUUGCUAGGCAAUUGGCUGAAGCUGGGGCACAUGUUGUAAUGGCUGUCAGGAAUCCUAAGGCAGCUCAUGAGUUGAUUAAUCAAUGGUCUGCCUCUUGGCAUGGGCUCCCAUUGAACAUUGAGGUCAUGCAACUUGAUCUUCUAUCCUUGGAUUCUGUAGUCACUUUUGCUAAUGCCUGGAAUGCUCGUCUCGCACCAUUGCAUGUUCUUAUUAAUAAUGCCGGAAUUUUUUCAAUCGGAGAACCCCAGAAGUUUUCAAAGGAUGGCUUUGAGGAACAUAUGCAAGUCAAUCAUCUGGCUCCUGCACUGCUCUCAAUAUUGCUUUUGCCAUCCCUUAUUAGAGGAUCUCCAAGUCGAAUCAUUAAUGUCAAUUCUGUUAUGCAUUAUGUUGGCUUCGUUGAUACAGAAGACAUGAAUGCUGUUACUGGGAAAAGAAAAUACUCAAGCCUGUUGGGAUAUACUAGCAGCAAGCUAGCACAGGUCAUGUUUAGCAGUGUCCUCCACAAACGGCUACCUGUUGAAGCUGGUGUUAACGUUUUGUGUGUAUCACCUGGAAUUGUGCACACAAAUGUUGCUCGGGAUCUUCCCAGAAUUGUUCAAGCUGCAUAUCAUUUAAUACCCUAUUUUAUCUUCAGUGCUCAAGAGGGUUCUAGGAGUGCCCUUUUCUCGGCUACAGAUCCCCAGGUUCCAGAGUACUGUGAGUUGCUGAAAGCCGAUGAGUGGCCCGUUUGUGCAUUCAUUUCCCAAGACUGUCGUCCGACAAAUCCUUCUGAAGAAGCACACAGUGUCGAGACUUCAUUCGAAGUGUGGGAGAAGACAUUGGAGAUGAUUGGCCUUCCUUCAGAUGCUGUGGAGAGACUCAUUGAAGGUAAGGAAGUCAAAUGUCGAUACGGAACUCAAAAUGACUAGUUUCCACAGAAGAAAAAGUAGGUUUGCUACAGAUCUUGGACGUUCAUUUUUCUAUAUGAAGCCAUUCUAUUGGUGGCGAAAGGUUAGAGCUUACAUCAUAUCAUUUGGUUCCAUUUUCGGGUACUAUUAUUGUUGUUAUCAUUAUCAGGCUUGUCCUCAUGAGGGUAUGCUCCCCUAAAGUAUUCGAUACACAGUGGACUGUUUGAGAAUUAUAUGGGAUUCAGUUGAAUCUUGGAUGUAACAUUUUACACCAAGUUGUAUUCUCCUAAUAGACUAAUUUAUAAAUGUAGACAAGAUAUCUGCAGCUGUUUCUGAA